AGAGAGACACCCAGAAGAUUGUCAUCUUUUCAAUCAAAAGUGGAAAAAUUUUCUUACACGUAGAUUUUCAGCUUUCUUGGUAGCUGUUUUUGUCGAAUUUGUCCGUGAAAAUCGCGAAAAGUUUGUGCAAAACGCGUCAAUCUCCGGUGUGUCGUGUUUGUGAUCGUCGCCGUUCUCGUCGGAAUGCGGUCUGCGUAAAGGGGACAUACGAAACCAGAAGACUACGACGACUACGGCAGGCAGUGAAAAUGUUCAAGAAACUCAAGGAGAAAAUCACCGAGGAGGUGAAGCAAUCGCCUCAGCGAUUUGAGCAACUGUCCAAAGGUUUACAGGCCGCUGUGAGCUCAGCUUCUUCAACUACAUCGGAGGUAUCAGGCAGCGAGAACUUUUUCAGCAUUACUGAAGAUGACACACCUCAAAAUUCACCGUUACGUAAAUCUCAAACGCUGAGCAGCACAAGUACACCGGUGGCUGAAAGUCAAGUCACCAAUAACACACUUGGCAACAAUAGCAGCAGUGCAUCGGUGGGAUCUACCACCGCCAACGCCAGCAGUGGGAAUACCAGCUUCAGCAGUGGAUCUUUCUUCGCUAAUCUAACCGGUGGCAAUGCAGCGAACAGUAGUAUCAGUAGUCACAAUAAUGGCGUAUCUCCUACCGUUAACCGUACUCGUCGUUUAUCUAACUCCUCCAUGGCGAGCGAUGUUUCCUUCCGAUUGCCAGCUUACGAUUCGCCUGCUGUCUACCAUCUUGAAACCGAUAUAGAUGUUUCUGCAAGUGAAACCGAGUCGGUUUCCGGUGCUGCUGCCUCCAACGGUCAACUGGAUCUCGUGAGCAAAGAGAAACUCUUCCAAGCCUACAAAAAGGCUCUAGAUCGAUACCAGAAGUAUCGGGAGCGAUACACUGAGCUGGCUCGUCGCUACCGGGACCUGGAAAAGGAUAACAGCAAGGCGCGAUCUGUACUGGUAGAGACCCAAGACAAAGCACUGCGAAGGAUCAGCGAGCUUCGGGAGCAGUGUUCACUCGAACAGCAAGCCAAGGCUCAUCUCGACUCGGCACUGCGGAUGGAAAUUGAUGAGCUGCAGUGCGUGGUCAAGACGCUGAAAACCAAACUAGAAGCCGUUGGUGAUGGGGUGGAUGAAACAGCGAAAGCCGAGCAAGAUUUAAUAUCCUUGUCGGCCGAUGAAGGUGGUUUGGAAGAAAGGCUGAAAGCUUUAGAAACUAAACUAAGCGAAGAGACGAAGUUGAAAGAAGCAUUGCGGCAGGAAGUCGCCAUGCUGAAGUUGCGAGAAGAAGAGCACGCACUUUCUGUAGCCGAGAAUAAGAUGGCGAUCCAUUCCGAGUUGGAAACUAAGGAAAAUGAAGUACGAAAGCUGAAGGAACAACUCCAAAGUAUUGAAAAGAAUAUGAAGCAGGUGUUGGUGGAUAAAGAUACACUAGGAAAAGAAGUUGCGGAUUUGAAGAACAAGCUGGGAGCAGCUGAGAAAAAAGUGAAGGAUCUUGACAGUACGAUCACAACUUGCAAUGAACAAAAGAACAAACUGGAAUCGAAGUUUGUGGAAUUUGAACGGAAGGUUCUAGAAUUAGAAAAGGAGAAGCAUCGUAUGAAAACGGUUACUAUCAAUUUAGAGCAAGAGAAGAAUGAGCUGUCUCUAAAUCUAGCAGAAUCAGCCGAAAAACUAGGAAAGGCACUCAAUGAGAAGGAUGCCUUGGCAGCUAAAGUCCAAGAAUUAGAGGAUUUGUCAAAGAAAUUGAGCGCCUCUGAAGAAGUUGAAAAUCUCAAAGAUCAGAUUAAAGAGCUUUCCUCAAGUAAGGAAGAGUUGCAGAAGAAAGUUGAUACUGUGCUAGAACAACUAGAAAAGGCUCAAUCUGAUGUAGCAGAAAGUGAAAAAUCUAAUGCUGAGCUUAAGCAUAACAUGCAACAACAUCAACAAACUAUUACUGAUAAAGAAAACUCUAUCGAAGAACUCCAACGCCAAAUCAAAGAACAAGAAGCUACCCAUACCGAAGAAAAGGCUAAACUGGUAUCGAUUCAAAAAGAACUAGAGGACAAGAACAAGAAGCUGAUCGAACAGGAAGAUGAGAUUACUAGACUGAAGAAAACCAUCUCCCUCGAUAGCGAGCGCCUGAUAGAGGUAACAAAGGCAUUGGAUGCUGCAAAGGAAGUCCACGAGAAAGACCGGGCGAGUAAUGAAGCCAGUUUGAAGGAAGUAUUUGAUCAGAAUAAUCAUCUCACAUCAGAGCUGAAGCAGUUCAAGGAAAAGCUAGAGAAAGUCAAUUCAAAGUUUAAGAAAAUAACGGAAGAAAAAGGAAGUCUAAAGUCGCAAAAUGAACAACUGCAAACCGACAUCAAAAAUUGCAAACAGGAGAUGAACAGUUUGCUUCAGCAAAAAGCUACUCUUGCGGAAGAAAUUAGAAAUAUGAAAAUAAUCAACGAAAAUUCCGAGUCCGAAGCGUUGGAGUCGUUGCAAGAAUCAAUGAGGUCAAGCUUAGCGCAAGCCGAGGAACGCUUGCUGGAAACGACACGAGAUUUGAAUCAAGUUAUAGAGCUCAAAUCCGAGGAAAAUAGAAAGCUCAGCGAGGAGCGCGACGAAAUGGUGGAGAGGCUGGAUGUCGUUCAAAAGGAAAAGGAAGAUUUAGCGACAGAGGCAACAACACUCAAAGCUAAGGUUGAAACACUGCGAAAUGAAAAGAAGGAUUUGGAAAAGACCCUCGAACGAGAGAUACGAGAAAAGACGGAGCUAAAAGCCCAAGUUACCAACAUUUUACAGGAGAUUGGACGAUUGGAGGAGCAACUCAAAGAUGUUAAAAAUUCCCAUUCUGCCAUUUUGAACGAAAAGCAAACAUUGGAAGAAAAAAUCGAGCGAUUACAGCGUCAGCACUCUGAAGCCAAGAGCAAAGCAGACAAAGAGAACACCCAUAAGUGGCAGACGAAAAUUAAGGAAAGUGAAACUAAACUUCAGCAAGUGGAAUGCGAAAAUUCUCAACUUGCAGAUAAGAAUUGUCUGCUAGAGGAGAACAAUCGAAGAACUGCCGAAGAGAUCAAGAAGCUUCAAGCUGCUCUGCAUGAGGCCGAAGCCGCAAUGAAACAUGAAAAGAAGAAGUGCAAGGAGUACCAUGCAAAUAUUGAAGAUUUGAAGAAAAAAUGUGAAGAAUUGGAAGAGAAGGUUAAAACUGCAACCGAACAGUUGAAUCAGUGCACUGGAGAUCAUGCCAAGCUAUUCAACGAGAAGGAACUACUUGAUCAUCAAUAUCGAUCGCUUCAAGAUCAGCUAGAAGCCAAGGAAAAGGAAAAACUCUGUGUAUUAGAUAACAACAGCUGUCUUACUGAGGAGUUAACGGCAUUGAAGGCUUCCACCCAGUCACUGGAAGAUGAGAAGCAGAAACUAACCGAAGAAUGUGAUGCACUGAAAAUAGAAAUCGAGAAGGUUCGAACAGAAAACGAAUAUUUGAAGAGCAAACAAAGCGAGUUGAAAGCUAAACUUGAGCAGGAAAAGCAGACUAUAGUGGAACAGAAUGAUGCUCUCCACAAAGAAAUAGAUUCCAUGAAGAACAGCAACCAAAAUCGAUUGACUGAACUGGAAGGACUUAUCAAAAAGGCGAACGAAGAGAAACAAUCGUUUAGUAAAAAUGCCACAGAUUUGGAGAAGAAAUUAGAAUCUUACGAGGAGAUCAAAAUCGAAAACGAAUACCUCAAUACGCUCAUUAAACAGCUGGAAGGAGAGCUUCACACAGUAAAAGAAGAAAAUUCCAAACUGCAAUCCACGCUUGGAGCAAAAGAAUCCGAAAUCAGCAGUCUAAAAGUCAAAAUAAUUCAAAUAGAAACCGGCGUUGAGGAAAAAGAUCAAGAGAUUAAAAAGCUGAUCAAUGAGUUUGUGGGCAAAGAGCACGAAUUCAAAGCCAAGAUUUUGACACUCGAGCAUGGUAAGUCUGAAGCUGAAAAGAAGGUGUCUGAACUUGCUGCAACUAAUGAAGCUGAGAAAGCGAAGAAUGUCGAAUUAACGAGUCGGAGUGCUGAUGAGCGAAAAAGUUUAGAGGAAAAACUAACAGAAGCAACGAAGGCUCAAACGGAGCUGCAAAUCGAGCUUGAACAAACCAAGACUGAACUUGAAGAUGUCAAAAGUAAGGAGCAAACCGUGCAAAGCGAUCUCGAGCAGGAGAACAAAACGAUGCGGGAACGGUUGAAUGAAUUCGAAGAAGAAGUUAGUCGAAUGAAGAAGGAACUACAGAGCGCGAAUGAGCUUAAACUGGAAAACGAAAACUAUGCGCGUGACUUGGAUGAGCUGAAAAGUGAGUUGAAUGUUGCCAUGGCGGAAAAACUGGAGCUGGUGGAACAGCACUCCAAGUUGAAGGAUCAGUUUGAUACGUUCAGUGCUGAAACAGACCAGAACGUGCAACGAUUCCACGCGGAGAUUGAACAACUGCGCCAAAAUCCCAGUAGUGCAGCGGACGAUCAACAGGAGGAACGGGGCAAGGCGCUGGAACAGAUGCGUAGCCAGAAGGAAGAGUUAGAGAACAAACUGAAGAAGAUUAUGCACGAAGUGCAGGACGUGUCCAACAGGAAUUUGUUCCUGGAGCAAAAGUGUGAGAAUUACCUGAUUUUGGAACAGUCGAAUGAGCGGUUGAAGCUGCAAAAUGAGAAGCUGUCGCGGCAGUUGGAUGAGACGUUGGUUUCAAUGCAUCAUAACGAGGGAAUUGCUGCUAAUACUGAAUUCGAGUACUUACGGAAUAUUCUGUUCCAGUAUCUAAGCGGUAACGUCACCGGAAACAAUUCCACCUUGGUGAAGGUGAUAGCUGCCGUUUUGAAAUUCACACCUCAGCAGACACAGGUCGUAAUAGAAAAGGAAGCGCAUCGCCGGUCAUUGAUGGGACAGAUCAACAAUCUUCUAUAGCAGGAAAAAGUUACCGCUGUCCAGCAGCAGUUGCUACAUCCCUCCCGCUCCAAGCACUAUCGGUACUACUAGCCGGCGUGCACGGUAACGAAAGGUUUGUGUAAAUAUAUUCUCUAUCUGUUAAUCUUUGCUGUUCCCUGGAUGUCCCCGCUCUCAUCGUGUUUGAAGAAUAACUUCCUGGAACGUGAUCAUCUGAAAUUCAGAUGAGCUGUCUCGUCUCUCAUGUUAAUCAGUCGGAUGGUUUCCCAACUGAUCGAAUGGGUAUUUGGAACACCAGAGUUGAGCAAAAGACGGAACAUCCGUGAACCGAAAACGAAAACAAAAGAUUAGUAAUGUGUUCAAUUCCAAUAGGAGAGAUGAUACAAAAAUCUAUCAAAAGAAAAAAAGGUUUUACCCGCCAUCCAAUUUUUUUGGACGGUCGCCGCAAUCGAAUGAUUGAAGAAGUUAGAUCGGUAACAAUAUAAAAUUGUAGCAAAAUAGUAAAAUUCCCAGCAACGGGUGCAAAUAGUGAAGCAGGUUAUUUUAAGGAUAACUUGAUAAAGUAAUGGUUAUUAGCUAAACAAACUACAAAAGUAUGAUAUCAGCAAAAUUUUAUAGAAACGAUUGUUUAAAACAAAAAAUAAUGCAUUAAGCUUAAAGCAAGCUACGACCUGAGGGUGCGAAAAGCCAAUUUAAACCAAUUCUCGUCUAACUAACUCAUAGAACAAACUACCUAAGAACACAUAUUAUUCAUCUUAGACUAGGGAAAAAAAAUCAGUAACUCAAGUCACACACCGCAUCAGGGUUCACAGUGCUUGUGCGUCACAUUUCCUACAACCUGAUUGGAGUGCUGUAAUCCAGAGUCCUUUACCUUUUUGCGUUUCGUGAAUGUAUUUAUCUAGGGAACCACCCAAGAAGGUUGAGCAGUUUAUUUGUUGUGCAUUUUUCGCUAAUCCUCCCCACCCUGCUGAACACCUACCUACCUGUGACUGGAUCGAUAAAGUGUAUAUGUUUAUAUUUUACUGUUAUCUAAUGCUUUUAAGAUGUAUAGUUUUUUUUAACAGAACUGCUGCGAUGCAAUACAUAUGUUUAGGUUUAAUACAGAAACAGUCGAUGGACGGAUAAUAUUUUUCUAA